AUGUUCAAGGAGAAUUUAUUACCAUAUUUCCAUGGUGCUUUACUGGAUGAAGAUGUGGAUAAACUACUUGAAUUGGAUGGCGAUUUUCUAAUACAAACCAAGAUUGAACCAGGGAAAAAGAAGAAGAAAUUAGUGCUAGCGGUGAAACAUUCGCAACGAACUAUUCGAAUACCAAUUUCAAAAGGACAUUCAUUUCCGACAAUAAGAGCUCUAGUAACAUAUCAUCAAGAUCAUCGUAUCGAAAUGUAUGGAGCAGAUAUGUUAUUUUUGAAGCGGCCAAUUAAUAAAGGAAGAUUUCAAUUAAAUCAUUCUGAUAUCAAAAUCAUAAAAAAGAUUGGUUUUGGCGCAUACGGUACUGUUUACAAAGGUAUAUUACUAAAGAAUCUUUGUCCAGUAGCAAUCAAACGAAUUGAUUGCACGGAUAAAUCAGAACAAGGCUUGAUUGAUCUGAUGAAGGAAGCUCGGGUCAUGCAGCUUUAUGAUCAUGUUAAUGUUGUUAAAUUCUAUGGUUUCAUCGUCGAUCGAGAACCAUUUUUGCUUGUUAUGGAAUAUUGCAAAGAUGGUUCAGUAGAAGAUAAAUUAAGAGAGUAUGGUCGUCGUUUAAGUAUAUCGUCUCGAGUUGAUAUCGCAUGUCAGGUUUCUCGUGGCCUUGAAUAUUUACAUCAGAAAGGUUGUAUUCACCGAGAUAUCGCAACUCGCAACUGUCUUCUCCAUGGAACGGUUGUUAAGUUGGCAGACUUUGGCAUGUGUCGUGCAACGCUUGUUUAUAAAAUUGAUUUGUCAAAACCACAAAAUGUUCGGUGGCUUGCACCUGAGGUAUGGCGCUCAGGCGAGACUCGAUUUUGUACAGACAUAUUUGCUUUCGGUAUUACACUUUGGGAAUUAUUUACAAUACCUUACACUCAUCCUUACAGUUUUUGGAAAGCGUAUAAAGUCAAAGAAAGAGUAAUGGCUGGCUAUCGAUUACGAAGUCCUGAUGAUAUGCCAGAAUCAAUCAUAACUCUAAUGCGUCGGUGCUGGGAUCAAGACCCAUCAAAACGACCAUCAGCAAAAGAGACUCGAGAAUAUUUAGAAGAUAUCAUCCGGGUAAACUAUGAGUUAUUUAUAUUUAUUAGCUAA